AUGGAGAACGGCGAAGGGUGGCACUAUAGCUUAGGUUUGGCAAGGGUCCCUGCAAUAAUGAUCAUCAUCGGUGCAAUGUUUCUUGCUGCCCAGGCCCAGGCCCGUCCCCCGGAUCUUCCGCCCCGGUUCCCCGUUGCCGGCGCUAGGGUACACUUCCCUAACCCGGAGGACGCCAUCGAGGUGUUCGUGGAUGGGUACCCGGUGAAAAUCCCCAAGGGCAUGACUGUCCUUCAGGCCUGCGAGGUUGCCGGAGUCGACAUUCCCCGCUUCUGUUACCACAGCCGCCUCUCCAUUGUCGGUAACUGCCGCAUGUGUCUUGUCGAGGUCGGGAAGUCUCCCAAGCCUGUUGCUUCUUGCGCCAUGCCUGCUCUUCCUGGAAUGAAAAUUAAGACCGACACUCCUGUUGCAAAGAAAGCUAGAGAAGGAGUGAUGGAGUUUUUAUUGAUGAACCAUCCACUAGAUUGCCCAAUUUGUGAUCAAGGUGGGGAAUGUGAUCUUCAGGAUCAGUCAAUGGCUUUUGGUUCUAAUCGUGGUCGGUUCACUGAAAUGAAGAGAUCUGUGGUAGAUAAGAACCUUGGACCUUUGGUGAAGACUGUGAUGACUCGUUGCAUUCAAUGAGUAAUCUGAAAUCUCAGGUCCAAGCUGUUUUAAAGAAAUCUGUUCAUUCAGUUCCUCCCUUCAUUUCGCUUAAAGAUGAUCAAAGGGAGAAAGCUGGAACCAGCAAGCGGGUAAAUAAGAGAAAGGUAACCCCUGCCAGAGCUCCCUUCUUCUAAAGGCCUCCGGUUAUGUAAUAAUCAAGGAAGUUGCUCUAUUUCUUAUGUAAAGAGAUUCUUUAUCAUCUGAAUUUUUGUCUUUGGUGGCUUCUACUUUUUGAUUAUCAUAUGACUAUGCAUGAGGUUACUUCAAACUUUAUGACAUUCUGGCUAAGUUGCUGUUUGUGGUUUUAUGACAUUCUACUUUUUGUUGGGUGGAUUGCAGAUCCAUGAUAUGUUUUUUGUGUGUUAAGAUUAUAAAUGUACAAUACAUGCAUAUUUUUUUUAA